UCUGGUUGCAGAUCCCGGGCGAACCUGCAGUUACUAACCCCCAGCCAGACUCGAGUAUGCAGGCUGCGCAGCUUCUUUGCAUAUCGUUGAAAAUAGAGCUCAUGUGGCUGCUGCCUUUAAGAGCAAAGCCUUUAUGCCUCGACAAAGCCACAGACCCAAGCAUGGUGGAGCAGGAUUGGUCAGCUAUCCAGAAUUUCUGUGAGCAGGUGAACACCGACCCCAAUGGCCCAACACAUGCGCCCUGGCUACUGGCCCACAAGAUCCAGUCUCCACAAGAGAAGGAAGCCCUUUACGCCCUGACGGUUCUGGAGAUGUGCAUGAACCACUGCGGGGAGAAGUUCCACAAUGAGGUGGCCAAGUUCCGCUUCCUGAACGAGUUGAUCAAAGUAUUGUCCCCAAAGUACCUAGGGGCCUGGGCCACGGAGAAGGUUAAAGGAAGAGUUAUCGAAAUCCUCUUUAGCUGGACAGUCUGGUUUCCAGAAGACAUCAAGAUCCGAGAUGCCUAUCAGAUGCUGAAGAAGCAAGGUAUAAUAAAGCAAGAUCCUAAACUACCGAUGGAUAAAAUCUUACCCCCACCUUCUCCCUGGCCAAAGAGCUCCAUCUUUGAUGCUGAUGAGGAAAAGUCAAAGCUUCUGACAAGACUCCUUAAGAGCAACCACCCUGAGGAUCUUCAGGCUGCAAACCGGCUGAUCAAGAAUUUGGUCAAGGAGGAACAAGAAAAGUCAGAGAAGGUUUCCAAGCGAGUCAGUGCAGUGGAGGAAGUACGGAGCCACGUGAAGGUGCUGCGGGAGAUGCUGAGCAUGUACCGCAGGCCCGGCCAGGCCCUGCCUGACCAGGAGGCCUUGCAGGUUGUGUAUGAAAGAUGUGAGAAGCUGCGGCCAACCCUGUUCCGGCUAGCAAGUGACACCACCGAUGAUGACGACGCACUGGCGGAGAUUCUUCAAGCAAAUGACCUUCUCACUCAGGGGGUUCUGCUGUACAAACAGGUGGUGGAGGGACGAGUCAACGUGGGGAAUGCAGUGGCCGCUCCAGUGGGAGAAGUUACUGUCCCUAGAGUUUUUCCUAAUCAAGUGGCCUGUGGGAAGAACUGCCCCCUCAUUGACCUGGAGGGACCCUCUUUGCUUCAUCAGGACCUGGCAGCCUUAGGGAUCAGCGAUAUUCCCACUACGACCAAGGUUGUCAUUCCAAGUUGCUGUAAAGACAAGAAACAGCCUGCUGCCAUCACACUCCUGGGGGGUGCAGUUGAGAGCCUUUCUGCUGACAGGAACUUGCUGGAUCUCCUCUCGCCACAGCCAACUCCAGGACCACUGAAUUAUGUUCCACAAAAAAGCAUCCCCAAGGAAGUGCCACCAGGUACCAAGGCCUCUCCAGGAUGGUCCUGGGAGGCUGGACCACUGGCUUCUUCCCCAGCCUCACAGAAUACACCUCUGGCUCAAGUGUUUGUCCCUUUGGAGUCUGUGAAACCCA